UGCGUGUUUGUGUCACGCGUCCGUGUGUCACGCGGCGAGACAGCGACGACCAUGCACGUGGAGUUGACAAAGCGCAACAGGUGGAGGCGUGACGCGCACAGCGGCGUCAGGUUGGACCCAUGACCGACGAACGGGGCGAAUUUGUCGAGUGGCGUUUCUGGCGCUUCCCACCGCCCAACGCCAGCCACCAGCGUUUCGGCGACGAGAUCGCGAAGUUCGCAGCGGCCGCGGCUAUCCCUUCACGUGCUGCUGGAACUGCGACCGUCGCCGGAAAAGCAGCCGUCGCUUGCGGGCAGCGAGACCGUGCGGCGGCGAAAUGUAGUACGUCGUCGCCGCGGUGCUCGGUUUUCCUCGAGAAGCGACCGGCAGCCGUCUCCGUCCAAGAUGAAAGCAGCAACAACCAUAAGCAUCCAGAAGAAAAGGCCGGCAUUGCGCCGCCAUCAGAACCCGACGCAACCUCCCUCGGAGCAGACGACGCCGCCAAAGCAGACGACACGUCAGUCGUCGUCACAACGGAUUCGUUCCAGUCGAAGCGUAGCCACGGCGCGAGCCAACGAGACCCCGCGCCGGUGGUCUCGGUGGCCAGCGAUUGGCGGAGGAUCGCUAAGCCUAACCGCGUAGGUCGUCUGCUGCGAGACGCCGCCUCGGCAGCAGGUGAUGCGUCGGCCGCCGAAGGCGGCGGCUGCGGUCGUGACGACGUCGCACCGUCGAUCCCCUUGAAAGCGGCAGCUGCCGCGCCCGUGGGAGACGCCAUGGGCAACAAGUCGAGCAGUAGCACCAGCGCCGAGAAGAGAGCCAAGGGCUCGAGCGACUGCUUGUCGGCCGAGACGCCCAAAGGUAGUCCCGGGUUGUUUCGGUUGGGCCGCGACGUCGUCAGGGGGAAGGUACGCAAGACUCCGCAGCCUGCGAGAAAGGCGGCCGCAGCCGCCGCUCAAGAAGACGACUUCGCCGUAGCUCAGGGAAAAUGUCAAGGCACCGAAUCUCACGUGGUUGUUGCGAGUGCGAACGGCACCCCGAAGAAGAGGAGCGAAUCGAGUCCGGAGAGCUCGGUCUCGGGAUCGGUCUACGUCGACACGGUCUCGCACCUGGCGGAGUCCGAAGACGGCGUGGUGGUCGCUGGUGAUGCGUCGACCUCCAGAACGGCGGUGUCCGAGAGCGUCGAAGUCGUCGGGACGCCGACGACUCCGCCCCAGCGGUCUCCGAGCAACGCGAGCGAUACGACCGUGUUCGGGGAUGAAGUCGCACCAGACUUCGUCUUUCCGCGACCUCAGACCCCGCCUUCUUCGGCGCCCGUCACCACGAAUGGCGCGGCGGCAGCGGUUACCGGCGGCGGCGGUCUACCGUCGUACAGGGCCUCCGGACUGCGCGUGCGGUCUCACAGUGAAGCCGACUCCACGACGCUCCUCUACUCGCGCGCACCGUCGUGCACGAGUCUGGGUCGCGGCGACGCCAACAAAGCGACCGUCGGCAGCGACAGCACGGCGGCGGGCUACGCCGCGCCCACUUUCACGUUGACGCAGCACCGCAAGGUUGUUCUUCCCAAAUUCUCGGCGCCCUCGAGCGCGCUGUCUUCGGCUGCGGCAGCGGUCAGCGAAGAAAGUGGCGACGCCAAGCCCGGUAGUGCCCAAGUUUCCAGUGCCGCGGGUGGUGGUGGUGGACGUCGGCAUUCGGCGUACGAUGACGCGCCCCCUCUGGCCGGUAACGUGCUUCGUAAGGUCGCCUCCCUGACGCUGGAGCGAGCCGCCAUCGAGGCCAAAGUGAACCGGCCCAAAGUGGUUCCCGAAAAGCUCGACUUCAGCAUUUACGAAAAAUUCGAAGGCCAGAUGCUGCUCAACUGGUUCUGCACCACGUUUCCGGAGGACCACUACCUCCGGUUCCUGCUGACCAAGCAGGACCUGAAGCUGCUGGCAGCUCAGUUCUGCACCCACUUGCUGGCCGCUGGGGUGCUGCGCCAAAUUGAGGACGAGAACGCCCCGCUCGAAUCUCUCUUUCGGCCUGAUCUGAUGUACUACUGGACACACUCGGAAGUUCCGGCGUGCCCAGCAAGCAACGUCGUGCCCGGCAAACUUACCACGGACUACUGGCCACCGCCGGACUCUGAAGGCGAUGCCAGGCCUGGACUUCGAUACACAGAAGCAGAGGCACAGCAGAUGAUCAUGGGAUUGAAGAAGGCCCACCGGAAUGAGCUGGAGAAGCUUCAGAAAGAGCACGAGUUGGCCCUGUUCUCCCUGCGAGGGGAGCAGGCUGCCAGGCUGACCGACUAUGAGGGCCAAGUUGUUCGCCUGGAGCAAGAGAUCGACAAGUACCAAACCCUGGCCGGCAUCGAAGAACUGACCAGGAAGGCGCGAGACAUAGACGCGCCCCAGGCGACUCCGGCGCCCGCCGCCGCUGCGGCGGCGCCGGUGUCGCAGCGGUCCUGCGAGGUGCAGACCCUCUCAGCCGUGCUGCGGUCUUGCGAGGCGCAGACCGUCACACCAGCUACCUGUGAUAAAUGGGUCCAGGCGCAGUGGAGGUUCGCGGUGGGCAUCGUUCAGACGGACGAGGCAGAAUACGCGACCCAGGAAUCUCAGACGCACAUCGACACUUGUCACCAGGAAUGCCAGACGGACGAGCAGGCCGUCCCGCCCACCGUCAUAGUGACGAGCACUGGAAGCUCGUCCACUGCAAUAACAGUCUCCCAGGCGGAGCCACCGCCUCCUCCGCCCCCUCCUCCGCCGCCACCACCACCCCCUCCUCCGCCGCCAUUUUCCUGCACUCCACCUCCUCCUCCGCCUCCCCCACCCCCGUUCCCGGGCAUGGCCACGCCCCCUCCGCCGCCGCCUCCACCUCCCUUUCCCGGCAUGGCCACGCCCCCACCCCCUCCCCCGUUGCCAGGAAUGAUGGGCACGCCCCCUCCGCCGCCCCCACUCCCCUCUUUCAUGGCGCCAGUGCACGGCUCCCCGGCACCCCCUCCUCCUCCCCCGCCGGGACUGGGACCUGUGCCGAUGCCAGCGCCACCUGUGGGUGGCUGGCACAGUGCCUACGCCAUAGCUCGCAAGCAACCCGUGAACCCGAAGGCGCUGAUGAAGCCCCUCUACUGGACGAGGAUACAAGUGCCCACAACGAAGCAACCACAAGGUGCUCCGCCGGCGAGUCCAGAAAAGACAGCAGAACACAAGACGCUGUGGGAGAGCUUGGAGGAGACUCCCCCUUCUGACUGGGAGGAGUUUGAAAACUUGUUCUCGAGGCAAGUGCAGGAGAAGAAACCCACGGCAAAAACGAAAAGUGCCCAGGAAAAGACUAAGCAGGUGGCGAAGCUUCUCGACCAGAAACGUUCACAAAACGUUGGCAUACUGAUAUCGAGUCUUCGCCUUGAAAUAUGCGAUGUGGAGAAUGCCAUCUACAACUUUGACACAUCAGUUGUGAGCUUGGACACCCUUCAAGCACUGUACGAAAUUCGCCCUACAAACGAAGAGCUGAAGCUGAUCCAGGACCACCUAGCGCUGAAACCCGAAGUUCCGUUGGACAAGCCGGAGCGCUUCCUGUUGGACCUGUCUCGCAUUCCGGAGUAUGCCGACCGCGUCGGAUGCAUCAUGUUCCAGUCGACCUACACGGAGUCCAUCAGCAUCGUCGAAAACAAACUGAACAACCUCAAGAUGACGUGCGAGGCAUUACUACACAGCAAGGAAGUGCGCACAAUCCUGGGGCUUAUAUUAGCUCUAGGCAACUACAUGAAUGGAGGGAAUAGGAGUCGUGGACAAGCCGAUGGCUUUGGCCUUGAGAUCUUGGCCAAGUUGAAGGACGUCAAGAGCAAGGACAACUCUUUGACUCUUCUUCAUUACAUUGUCCGAGUCUAUAUAAGCAAGUUCCAGGAGGACGUUUCCCAGGAGAAGGCGAAAUUUCCUUUGCCUGAGCCGACCGACAUGGAACGUGCUGGACUCGUGAACUUCGACGACAUCAGGGCGGACCUCAAGAAGCUCGACGCUCAGAUCAAGAGUUGCGAGACCAAGGUCCAGAAGGUGCUGAAUAACUCAGACAGUGAGCACCAGGAACCUUUUAGGGAGCAGAUGACAACGUUCCUGCAGAAGGCACACCAGGAGCAGAAGGAGCAGGAGGAGAACCUCGAGGAGACCAGGAUCAAGUUUCUGGAGACCAAGGACUACUUCCUCCUGCAGCCCAAGUCCAAGAACGAGUCUGAGUGGCCGAAGGAGCUGUUCACUCCGUGGGUGCCUUUCUGUAACGACUUCAAGAACAUCUGGAAGAAGGAGGUUCAGCGCAAGAUCAAGCUCGACCUUGAGGCAGCUAGGAAGAAGGUCAAGGACCUGCAGGAAGCCAAGAAAUCUAGCGUCAUGUCUGAGGUGGUGAAGGUCCGGAGCAGCAGACCCUCUGGCCUGAAAGCAAAAAUGACGAAACGGAUGCAGCAACUCGGACAGAGCUUUCCUUCGCCCGGAGCACCCUAAAAGAAACGGAACGAUCUGCGAAAAUAGAUCUGAUUUUUGUAGCUCGCAGUGCGGCAAAAGCGAGCGUACAAGUUAUAUAUAUUGUAUACAUACAUAUAUACAUAGUGUGACAUACUAUUUUUAACGAGAGAUUAAUACCGUUAGGGUGGUGCACACAGUUGUUGUUCGUUGUUCCGUGUAAAGCGUAGUACGUCUUCUGGCUACUUUCGCGGUGGUAUGGUUCGUCAGCUCCUGCGAGGUUGCGUGGAUAUCGCGAAUCUGUUUGUCGAAUGCGUCUGAUGGCUUCACGAGCCAGGGUAGUGUUUCCGUUUUUCUUGUUUGUCCUUAUGUGAUGUGCACGUAUUGGUGCAAUAGAUGGGGGGCCCGUAACGCGUAAGGAUUUCUUUCUGCGAGUUCUAUUCAUUUCUUACCACUGGUCGCAGCGAACGGAAUAUCAUUUGCUGUAAUCGACCAGAGAAAAAGGGCGAAAGGUUGGGAGUACGGAAAGAAUUCUUAGGCAAAUGGAAAUGUUUUGAGGCUUUACUUUUGCGGAUGUCUCGGAGGUGGUAGUGCAAGGUUGACGAAACAGGUGCAGACAAAAAAGAAAACCCGUUAUUUACUGCAAGCUCUCGAUCAGCGGUGAUCGGGAAAGCUGCCACAGUUGGUUGUGAGUUAAUUGCACGAGUUUUAUUGUAACCUAGUUUGAUUUAUCAAGAGAAACAAAGUAGACACUUAAAACUGCGUAGGGAGGAGCAUUUCAUUGAUGUUGCCAAAUUUAUAAGUCGUUGUUGUGGAAGUACCUAGUAUGCAACUGAUACAGAACAUGGGUAAGGAUUUUUACAGAACGUAUUGUAGAUGAUGUUCGGAAAUUUUCCUCUAAAUACAGAAGUGUUUCGAUGGGAAAUUCGGAUUUACUUUGGCAGUGCAUUCGUACACUUCGGAGAAGGCGAUGCCCUGUGUUGAGAACUCAUGACCAAAUAUGUGAGAAAACGUUCAGGCUAUAAAUCUUUUUUUAAAUAAACAGUUGGAGAUUAACUGUGGUAUUCUGUUAGUGGCUGUUAUGCAAGAUUAAAUACGACUUACUUUUCAGAAAUUAUUUAGAAGUAUUUUUAGUUUGAAAUUCUUAUGGUGUUAUUUAACGGAGUGCCCUGUGAUUCUUGUGUGUAUUUUGACUGAACCAUUUUCUGUUUCAUUUACUAAACUGUAAUUUACUAAACACCGUAGGUUAAGGGCAUAAUUUUGUCUCGAGGACAUCGGUCGGCCAUAUUACAUGCAUUUUCUAUCAUUAACACUGCACACCAAGUACAUUUCUUGGUGUGACACAAAAUCCACGCCAAGCUUUACAUGCUUAAAACUGCCUAUGCUACUGACGCUCGAGAAAAAAACCAGCGACAGGUUUCUUCUUCAUAGUAGAAUUUUUGUCGCUCUAAGAGAAGUCUGUUCUUUUAUAAAAUGGCACACAUGUCCAACCUCGAUACAACGAAGUCCAUCUGACACGAAAAUAGUUUCGUUGUAUUAAAGAAUUUAUUAUAUAAACGUUUACUCAUGACGCCGUCUAAAUGGCAACAGUAUGCUUCAUUUUAGUCGUUUUCGUUAUAUCAAGGUUAAACGGUAUGAUCAAUGGCAGCUGCAGGUCCGUGUACGUGCACAAAGUGGUCAUUUCUUUCAAGCACGUUUGGAUAGAAAUAUUUUUACUUAUCUGACUGGCAAGAUAAGAAUAAGUGAGUCGCUCCUGUGUUGGUACUUCAGUGCGCAGUGCAAUCUGAUGAUGUUAGAAGUGUUUUAGAAUUAUACCAUAUUCUUGCAAAGUAGUAGCCACAUCUCUUCAAAGAAAUGGCGACAAGGUGUGUCAUUGGGUACACGAUGCCACAUGCUUUGUGUUGUAACUGACAUUUCUGUCACUUAAAGACGAAUGACAGUGUCUACAAGUGAUGAAAACAGGGUCUCAGGGGCGUGCUUAUUAUAAGUAUUCAUUUUUCAUAUUCGUUAUAUCGAGGUUAUACUGUAUUAGACAAAGCUGGCGCAGGAUCGAAAGGCAUGUCAUUUGUUCACUGUGUGUGACUUUUGAGCACGAGGUCGUGUGUUGAUUAAGCCUGUUUAUUCAAGGACAAUGUGCCACAUUCUGCACUUCUUAUUUGAAGUUCAACCAUUGCUACCUUAUCUGUUCAGUCUUAACCAAACUUCAUUUUGACUGUCUCAUCUAUUCAGACUCAAGUAGCCUGAAUGUGUGCAUUUGAUAAUGCAGCUUUUUCUUAUCAACACUUCUCAGUCAAAGAGUACAUUUUCUAUCCAGUCCGUUCUUUGGAUUGAUUGAACUGCCAGCCAGGCAAGAGUGUCAAGCAGUACGAAACUCCUUGAAAUGCCACUGCAAGCAUUCGUUGUUAAUUAUCUGCCAGUGUUUAGAUCUCCUAACCUUUUGCAGCACUACAUCUACAAUUGGGCUUACUAAAUGCCAGCGUAAGACUGUAAUCUGAGCUACUGGAACCAACAGCCAGUAAAAAAGUGAUGCUUCAUUAUUCUUUUUUCUAUAUCUUAGGAGAGUGCUUGUCAGACUUAUCACGGGCCAAGAUUGUUAGAAUAAAAAUCAGAACAAUGUCUUUUCCAGCAGUCUGUAGGUGAAAAGUGUGUUUUUUUUUGUUCCAAUUGCAUGUUAAAAUGUUUUUGGAAUGGAUUUUGGAGUUCAUGCUUAGUUUUUGUACAUUUGUAAAGACUUGCCUUUCUGGCUGAAAAAUUCUCAGUGUGUUUUACUGCUUUUGGUGUUGCCUGUUUUUAACAGUGCUAUCAAAGGAGGAAAACUUAAAUAGAACAAAAUGUUGUGUGCGCAAAAAAUUUAUGUUCUAAAUUAUUUCGAGAGGAUGCUUUAUGUUUGAAAUGUGCCUAGUUUGAAGGGAUUCUAUUUAUUGUAUGUCUCAAGUUGUGUCUGACUAAAUAAGAUCAAAUUGAAUGCACAAAUGAGAAAGUGUCGCCAAGUUUAACUCUGCGUAAUCGACAGCUUCUGUAAUUUUGCAGUUUUGGUUUGGUUCGUUUCGAUGCAGCGUUGUCACUAGCAGCUUUUUUUUUUUUUUUUUUUUGUCAGAAAUGGCCUGUAGUACAUCUGCAAGAAUACUCUCACUGCUAUUAACUGCGAUCAAAGUUACAUUUUUGUAUGAAAACGUUUCUGUCCAUAUAAUUUGUACAUGCCCCCUAUACUGUGAUCACUUUACGUUGUUCAGAGUUCUCUGUUACUGUUGCUACGAGAAAUACCACAUCAUGGCCACUUCCCAAAUGGCCGACAUAUCAUUCUGAGGCAUCUGUGAAGUGCUCCUAUGGAUUUUCCUCAUUUUGUAUUUGUUAAUGGUUUGGCAUUGAAUGGUACUUUAAGUGUAAAUAGGGUCCUUCAUUUCUGGGCGAGACCAGAUUUCUUUCAUUAAUUAAUGCAUACAUUUAACUGACUUGAUAAGAAUUACAAUGCGUAUUGGGUAUUUGUAGUCAUUUAAAUGAUACAGUAGCACAGUUUAUUGUUCUCAUCUGUAAAAGUAGUGUCGUCUCCGGGAUCGGCUUUUAAAAGCACGCUUAAUGCACACUUAAGAGUGAUGAAGUUUGUGAUACGCAAAAGUGCUAAAUCCAAUUUACCUUUGUAAAAGUUGGUGCUGCUCAGCUCUCCCCUGAUAAAGAUUAUUUGGUAAAGUCAAAUGUCUUACCUCUACUACAAGCUAUUAAGUGGCAUCGCGCUUAAUGUACACUUAAGAGUGACAGUUUAUUCUACCCACCAGGAGUUGUGAAUGCAAUUUUUCUUUUUUGGUAAAAUUUACUGGCACAUAGCUCUUCCCUGAAAGAGAUUACUUCUGGAGGUCAAAUGUCCUAUCUCUACUACAAACUGUUAAAAUGAACAGCGUCACGCUUAACACACACUUAAGGGUGAUGAGGCUUGUCAUGCCCUACAGGAGCACCGAUUUUGGUUCUCUUUGGUAACAUUUGCUUCACAGUUUUAACUGGAAGAUUUUAGUUUGGAAUAGUGAAAUUUCGCGUCUCGGCGACUUCGCUACUAUUAAAAUAAUGCUUGAUCUUCUUACUCCCCACUUAAUCGAUAAACUUCGAAGCCCAAAAAUGAAGGGCCCUUAUUAACACUGUACAGUGCAUUCCACAUAUAAGGGAUAUUUUGUAGUGUAUGAGUGACGUGCUCUAGAUGAUCUAUUUUUGAUCGUACGCAAAAGUUGUCUUGCAGCAGCUGUUUUAAGCUUGUGUAAAUGUUGCGAUUGUAUAGUAUGGCUGGCUGUUUCGACGAGACGUUGGUGGACUCUGCCAAAGAUGUUCUACUCUGAACCUUUUUUAUUUGAAACUUGGUGCAGUGCAGUUUUUGGUUGGGGAAUGUAGUUGUGUAACAGCUUCUUCUUGCACGAGCUCUUUGGGUGACGAAAGCUUUCUUGUUUCUAAAGGCAGCACUUAUUGACUUUGACGAGAAGCACAUUCCACUGUUUCUUUUCUUUGUUUACGCACGACGUUCAUUCCUUCGAGAUGUAUUUAUUUAAUUUAUAUUUAUUUAUAAUAUUUUAAAGACAAAUAAAGCUCUUUACACGCUUUG